AUGGAGCUGGAGAACAAAGUGUGUCGAAUCAAGAUACCGGCUCACAUAAAUCAUGGAGAGCGAGGAGCUUGGGAUGUGUUCAUGCAGCUUCGAAACGAAGACGAUGAGCACCUUGUGACUGAACCUCGAGCCGAAUUCUUGAGGGAUAACAUUCUAAAGGCGGCAUUGAUGCAUGCUGACAGGAUGGAGGAGCUUUUCACAUUUGCCCAAGACCUCCAAAAGACUUACAAUUUCGAAUGGCCUGAGCUAUAUCUGAAAGUGGUUCAUUUCUACCUGGCCCAGACCGAUUGCGAAGCUGCGUUUCGUUGGCAUUUGAAACUCAUGCCUACUUUUCGUCCUGACUUGGAUAGCUUUGGUGCUUUUCUAGCAAGCUUUGCUCUUGACCGAACUCCUGUUAUUCAGAGCACUUUGACCACAAUAUACGUCUUUAAUCCUUUUCGCGAGUUGUACGAUUAUGUUGUGCCAACUCUCUUCGAUUCUGGCCAGUCACAUGCAGCUCGCGUUUGGAGAAAGCGUUUUAUUCUGUUUAAUGAUCAUGCCAAAUCCCAAAAGUCUAUGCCGUUUCUUGACUUUCUGUCUCGCUACUUCUCUAAAGUGCAGCUCACCAAAGAGGAAUUGGCAGUACUCAAUCGAGAAGCUGGAUUUAGAUAUGACCCUGAAUCAGAUACAGCCAAUAAAGAUGGCUCUUUAGGGCAGGACAAAGGCAUGUUCAGCGAUAAAUUUGCAGCUAGGUGGUUUGCCAGCUCCUGGACGUCGGCAGAGUUUGCAAUCAAUCUGAUGCAUAAACUUGGCCUUCGGGACAUUGGCCCGCAAUCGUUGCAAUCCAUUGCUCUAAGAGAACAAGAUACUCAAGGGGUCAAUGAUCGCUUAAAACAGCUUCGAGACUUAGGGAUGACUGUUUCCUCAACAGCUUAUUGCAAAGCUCUUAUAUCUUUUGCUGGCAGAGGGGAAGACGAAUUGCUCAGGGAUCUCUUGCAUUGCGAUAUACACCCAGACGAAUUCGAUAACUCAGAGACGCGAGUGACGCUGCUGGCUGCUUCUGCCAAAGCGCAAGAUUGGAAGCAAGAGCGAUUACUUCAGGAGGUUGAGGCUUUGAUUAUCAAACCGGCAUCCAGGCCGAGAAAGGUCAAGACGCUCUCCGAGGAGCUCAACCAAAGUCUCCGUGCUGCAUUGUCAACGCAAGGUCUGGCGAAAGUCAGAAGCGUCUUUGAUAAGAUGGACAACCUGAGUGUCAGUAUAGAACAGAAGAACUCAGAGGCAUUUCUUGACCGCGUGUUUGAGGGUAUCUGGUAUCAUCCCAAAACCAGCAAACAAAAAUUUCACGGCUACCAGGAGGAUCCUCAGCUUGACAGAGCUAUCCAUUUGUCGCUACGUGUAGCACGGCAUGGGGUCGCUAUCCCUAUCAAGUAUUGGCAAAUUCUGCUCUACAACCUUGGACGUUUAGGACGCUUGAACGAGCUUGAGGAGUUAAGCCAUGAGAUAUGCGAAUUAUACAGCGCGGACCCUGGAGGGCUGAUUCCAGUACACCGGUGCGAUAUGCCACCCAAACCCAAGUCGGAACCCAAGAUACCCGGCAAUGAUUCUGUGGGAUGGGCCGAGUAUCGCUCGUUCCCUGACGGCAAGAAGAAGAAAAGUCAUUUCAGAGAAGAAUUUUGGAGAGCGGAAAUAGGCUUGGCCGAAGAGGCAUCAAAUGCCCUUUCAACACAAUCUCAAACACAACCGAAGUCUGUUACCAAGACCGGAAACCCCUCAAAAAAGGACAGUAGUCCCGAAUAUGUGUUUUGUAUACCGGCCGACCUGCCUUUUACCAACAGGCAACAUCCCAUACAGAAGAUUUUUGACGUCAGUCUGCAACGUGCUAUACUUCGAUGGGGAUUUGACAAGACACUGGGACAAGAGCCGUCCAAACUUUCGGUUGCGAAGACCAAAACUGGAGGAAUCACCGACUUUGACCUAGCAUGUGGUGUCCGUCUCUUGGCUUUGCUGAAGCAGAAAGGCGUCUAUAUCGACCAGCAGGUGGUGCGAAGUGCGAUCAUCAGACGUCUCGCUGUGGCACACCUACCAGGGAGGACAAGGGCAAGGGCGCGAGACGACAGGGAGCUAUCACCUGCAAGUAUAAAGCAGUUGGUGGAAGAAGCAUGGGGCUCUCCAAUACUACCCAGCGAGGGUCAGCUGGCUAUGGAGAUGGAGAAUAUGAAGCCAAAGUUAUGGAAGAGCUUUCCUAGGCUUUUCGAGAAGAGUUAUGAUAAAGACGAAACUGCUUGA